CACAUUGAGGUUGGAAUGUUCUAUUUGGAAGUGAAAAGGUUCCACUACAAGCUUAGCCAAAAGUAUGGAACAACAACACCGUUCUUCAUGGAUGCCCUAAAGAAACACCAUGACAAAGUUGGUGCAAAAGGGAAAACUGCACGCGAUGUUGGAAGCAUUAAAAACCUAACAAGUGAGAUAUUGGGUAAAGUAAGAAGGUGUGCAAUUAAGUGGGCAGAUGCAGAUUUUGUGUACAUACCCUUGAAUACUGGCAAACAUUGGAUUUUGCUAGUAUUAGAGAUUGAAGGGAAGACGAUAUGGGUGUAUAAUUCAAUGAGAGGGAAGUCAACAGGACUCAAAGACAUGGCAGCUUACAUCGCGUGCAUCAAACACCUACUUCCUAAGCUCCUGGAUGCAUGUGGUGUCUAUAAACAGCACCCUAGUGGACCAAUGGGAAAUCAGGAAAUCCGCAUAAAUGAAGCUCUAAAUUGUCCACAACAAACAGAUCAGGGAAACUAUGGCAUGUUUGUGUUGAAGAUUGCAAAAUAUCUAAUGAUGGACAGAAAAAUCAACCAGGUGUGCACGGAAGAGAUGGCUGCUUAUAGAGUGAAGAUGGCCACAGAGUUGUACAAGUAUGCUGAGUCCAAAAAAGCAGUUUGAAAAUCAGUGGUGAAAAACAAAACUAGUUUAUGAUCUGCCAUUGGAAUGUUUUGUGGUAAUGUUUAGGUUUAUGCUGUGAAACUCGGGGUCGUGAAUUAUGUUUUUUGUAUAUUAAAAGACAAAUAUGUUA